ACAUCCUGCUGCGUAGAGGAGGAUGAACCCCUUCUGCUGGUGGCGAGGCUAUGAUGGAGAUACGCUGCGGCGGCCUCUUGUUCAGCUCCAAGUUUGACUCGGGAAACUUGGCUCACGUGGAGAAGGUGGAACACUUGGAAGGGGAAGGCGACAGCGCUGGUAAUGGUGGCAGCGCUUCCUCGAUGGUGUUUGGCUGCUCCCUUCCCAUCGCUGACUAUGAAUUCAACGUGUGGACCAAACCGGACUGCGCAGGCACAGAAUAUGAGAAUGGAAACAGAUCUUGGUUUUAUUUUAGUGUGAAGGGGGGGAUGCCAGGCAAGAUGAUCAAGAUCCACAUUGUGAACAUGAACAAGCAGACCAAGCUCUACUCACAAGGGAUGUCCCCCUUAGUCAAGACUGUGCCUAUCAGGCCCCGCUGGGAGCGCGUCCGCGAACGGCCCGCCUUCGAGAUGGUGGAUACCCAGUUCGUCCUGUCCUUUGUGCAUCGCUUCCUGGACUGCCGAGGAGCCACUACCUACUUCGCCUUCUGCUAUCCCUUUUCCUACACAGAGUGCCAGGACAUGCUGGAGCAGCUGGACGCUCACUUUGCAGAGUGCAGAUACCUCCCUCUCAGCAGCUCUCUCGAUACCAUCUAUUACCAUCGGGAGCUGCUCUGCUUCUCCCUGGACAAGCUCCGCGUGGACCUGUUAACCAUCACAUCAUGCCACGGCAUGCUGGAAGAGCGGGAGGCCCGGCUGGAAAGGCUGUUCCCUGACCAGAACACGCCCCGACCUCACCGCUUUGUGAGAAAGAGAGUGUUCUUUCUCAGCAGCAGAGUGCACCCCGGUGAGACACCCUCCAGCUUUGUCUUCAAUGGCUUCUUGGAGUUCAUCUUGCGGGAGCAGGACCCCCGAGCCCAGAUGCUGCGCCGCAUGUACGUUUUUAAGCUCAUCCCUAUGCUGAACCCGGAUGGAGUGAUGCGGGGCCACUACCGGACAGACUCCCGUGGAGUAAACCUCAACCGCCAGUAUUUGAACCCCGAUGCAGUAUUGCACCCUGCUGUAUACGGAGCCAAGGCCGUCAUGCUCUACCACCAUGUUCACAGCCGCAUUCACCCCGGUUCCCCUGACUGGCAGACCCACGUUUCCCCCCUUGGCACAAAGGUGACGAAUCAGCAUUUUGUGCGCAAUGGCCUACCCGCUGAGGAGGCCCCCCUUUCCAAGCUGGAGAGAGCAAACAACCUCCGCAACUGUCUCAGAGAUGCCUGCGUCCCCCCGUCUCAGGACCUCGAGGCACUGGGGAGCAAGGACCAGGAUUCCUGGAUCCUCUGUGACUACCCAACACCCGACUACUUUGACAACGAAGCAGAGAGCCUACUGUCCUUCCCAGAAACCAUCCCACCUCAGGAGAGCGGACUAGCCUACUAUGUCGAUCUCCAUGGACAUGCCUCCAAGCGUGGCUGCUUCAUGUACGGGAACAACAUGUCUGAUGAGGCCUACCAGGUUGAGAACAUGCUGUUCCCUAAACUCAUCUCCCUGAACUCAGCUCACUUUGACUUUGCGGGCUGCAACUUCUCGGAGAAGAACAUGUACGCCAAAGACAAGCGGGACGGACAAUCUAAGGAGGGCAGUGGGCGGGUGGCCAUCUACAAGGCCUCGGGCAUCAUUCACAGCUACACGUUGGAGUGCAACUACAACACAGGGCGAUCAGUGAACACUGUUCCGGCAGCCUGCCAUGACAACGGGCGGGCCACCCCUCCUCCUCUCCCAACAUUCCCCUCUAAGUACACCAUGGAGCUGUUUGAGCAGGUUGGAAGGGCGCUGGCAAUCGCAGUGCUGGACAUGGCGGAAUGCAACCCCUGGCCGCGGAUUGUCCUGUCUGAACACAGCUGCCUCAGCAACCUGCGAGCCUGGAUGUUGAAGCAUGUGCGCAGCAUGCGGGGCUUGGCAGGCUGCAGCCGGAGGAAGGGCAACAAAACCCCACCCAAGGGGGGCAACGCGCUUUCUGCCUCCAGUUCCGAGAAUUCUCUGUACCGGACCAGGAGUUUCAGCAAUGGCACCAGCGGGAGCAACAGCAGCCAGCAGACCUCUCCCCAAGUCAAAACCUCGCCUAGCUUCACCUUCAGCGGCUCGCGGUCUCCUGCCCCUGCGGGCAUGGGCCAGAGCCCCCAGAAAGGGGUCUCGAGGGUGCUGGCUCUCGUACGAGAGCCUCGAGUCCAGGAGAAGCAGCGCCAUCAGCAUCCGACCUUGCUGCGAGCCGCGGUGAGCGGCAUCCAGGUGCCUCCGCCUCUCCCUCCCUCGGGCCGGACAGUCUCCCACCUCCAGCUGCCUCCCAGUCUCAGCCCCUGCCCCCUCUCAGCCACGCUCAGCAUGUCAGGGUCCAGCCACCGUGGACUACUUGUGGGCACCAAGGCAAAUACCUUAGCAGCUACCUGCCGUGGACUGCAAAAGGCAGAGCACCCCAGAGAGGAGCUACAGGGCCAUCCACCUUGUAGCCUUGCACUGCUCCAGAAUCUGAACAGGAAACUGAACAGUGAGAAACUACCACAGCCACCCAGCCUGGAGAUGCUUGUACCUCGGCCCAGCCGGAUCCCCAUCCGCAGGAAAGCCCAGGCCCAGCACCUGCUCAGGCUUCAGACCUGCAGCGAGGAUUCUUCUCUCAAAGUGUGGAAAUACACACCCUCACAGAUGCCAGCCCAGAGUUCUCUGCCAGAGUUCCAGCUGGAAGUGCCAGAGCUGACUGCAACGAACCAGAGGGAAGAGCCGCUUUUUCUAUGCAACACUCCCAAGGUUUUGUUGGACAAGAAUCUCCCGGGGCACGCAGAUUCCCCCCAGCUCACCUACCACAAGAUCCUGUCUUUCUGCACAGAGGCCUGACUUGCCAGGGGGGGCUCAGCAGCUGCAGCCAACCUGUUCCAGCUCCUCAGGAGCCUCCACCCCGCAGCAUGCCAGGCACAAGAUGACUCCAC